GAGAACUCUUAAAAGUGAAAAAAAAGGGACACGACACUACGGAUAGGCCCAUAGUCCACGUUUCCGUAUCAAGCCGAAAUCAGCCCUUACACACAUUUUUCAUGCCAAACGCCAGCUUCUCUACGCUUUUAUUUUCCAAAACCCUCUGCUUCCUCCUUUUUGUCCUUUAUAUUAUAUAAAAAGGAUUGAGCCUCCAAUUUUCUUAUUUCUCUCUUUGCUUCUUUCUUAUUUACUUUAUGGAACACUUGCUGUCCGAAUCACUAUUUCCCACAAAGCGGUCAAGCAAUAAGUCCCAAGAUUCUGAGACGACGUCCAUCGACUCAAAAAACGACAGUAAAAAAGACCCACUGUCCUCUCAAAUAUGGAGACUUUAUACUAAAGCUAAAGACAAUCUACCAAAUGGAAGUCGAUUGGAGAACAUGACAUGGCGAAUGAUGGCAAUGACUUUGAACAAGCGGAGAAACUCCAACGGUAUGCAAAUUGAUCAACAGUCUCCUACACCCGCUGCCACCACCGCUACCAUCACAUCGUCUCCUCAGAACCUUUAUUUGCCCUCUGACCAAUCUGCAGUUGAAUUUGCGAAACAAACAAUGCCCAUAGAAAAGGCUAUGAUAAGCUCAACGGGGUAUCGCUCAUAUGAAAAUAUCAACUUGUCGGAAUCAAGCAGAGCGCAACAACCGUACAAUCGAACGUUUUCAAUGAUGGAUUCAAGGGUAGAACAGGCUCCCCUCACAUUUUCUUCUUCUAAUAUGCUGGAUUCAGCUUCUCAAUAUGAUGUGGAUCCUUCGUCUAUGACUCCAACAGGAUCUCUUGACAGCGUUGGAAGCUAUAUGACAGCUUACAGUUCCAGUGCGACUACCGACCCUUUGGAUUUCAAAGGCUUUGGUUACGCACUUGAAAGCCAAUACUCUCCACAAUUUGCCAUGUACGCAUUGCCACAUCAACUUCCUACGCCAGAUGAGGUUGAGUGUGAUUCAAACGAUGGUAUUUUCCAGCCUAUGGACAUUGAGCCUGAUCAAACCACGGUCACAUCUUCAGCAUACAGCGUUUCAAUUCCAGCUACUUCAUACGAAAGCAGUGGUUCAUUGCUCUCAAGUGCUCAACUAGACGGCUCCAGCACCCCUUUAAUGUUUUCUCAGUAUGCACCUUUAUACUUUCCUCAGCAGACUUCAACUCAAAAUUAUCUGUUUUUGAACACUAGAAAUCAACAAACGUAUUCUAACAUGGCGACAGGUAACACGACUGCGGCCAGUACAAUGGAUGCGUCACAGUUACACGUCGACCCAUUGCAGGUACUGAACAGACGCCCUUCGUCCACUGCCACCAUGAACCCCUUACAAUCAUCUAUCAUCCCGUCGUAUACACAAAACGAACCCCGUGGUCAAAGCAUGUGGAUCACCACUGCUGCAUCACAUUCUCCGAAUUUAUCACCCUCAUCUACACCUACCGUUGCUGAACCACAGCAAAACCUUGAUACAACCAAUUUCUCUGAGCAUGAAGAAGAAAGUGUAAAAAGCGAUUACGAUGAUUCUUUUGACGAGGAUGAUGAUGAAGAAGAAGAAGAUGCACAGAGUUUUACAGAUGAUUUGAGCAACACUGAAGAUGAUCCAACCUAUGAUGAAGGCAGCCCAAGUAAAACUAGACGAAAAAAUAAGAAGCAAUCCAGUCGCAGACCAUCGUCAGCUGCAUCUUCCAAAGGUCCCAGUCCAAGUUCAUCCACAUCGACUGGUUCCAAUAGUAAUCAGCCUAAUUUCGUUCGAGGAGAGGUUCGGUGUACAAAUUGUGCAACGACUACUACACCACUAUGGCGACGCAAUCCAGAGGGACAGCCAUUAUGCAAUGCUUGCGGUUUAUUUUUAAAGCUACAUGGUGUUGUACGACCGCUUAGUCUUAAAACCGAUGUCAUCAAGAAGCGAAACAGAGGUGUCAAUGGCUCUCUGGGACCAAGUGGCUCAACGUCUACCAAAAGUAGAUCCCAGGCUUUGCAAAGUAGCUCACGCAAAGGGCUACCAAUCGGAGUGUCUCCCAACACACAAGCUGGGUCCCAUCGGUUCUUCCCGGUCAGUCCCCAAACGACUGCGGAGGCUUUCCUCUAGUGGUGGUGUCAAGCCCCCAACCUAUACAACUCAGUCUCCUAAAUUAACAGCAGUUAAAAAGAGGCAUUCAACAGGCGGCGAUCUUGCCCAUCACCAGACCCACCAUUAUCCCAUCAAUCUGAGUGACAAAUA